CUCUACUUCUACUUCUUCUUCUUCUUCCUCAUCUAUGGACCCUUUAGCUUCCAAACAACAACAACAACACCAUCUUGACGAUACUAACCAAACCCUAACCCACAAUAAUCCUCCAUCCGAUUCCACUACGACCACCACCGACUCAACCUCCUCCGCUCAACGCAAACGCAAAGGCAAAGGUGGUCCUGACAACUCCAAGUUCCGUUACCGUGGCGUCCGACAAAGAAGCUGGGGCAAAUGGGUCGCCGAGAUCCGAGAGCCUCGUAAGCGCACUCGUAAGUGGCUUGGUACUUUCGCCACCGCCGAAGACGCCGCACGUGCCUACGACCGAGCCGCCGUUUACCUCUACGGUUCACGUGCUCAGCUCAACCUAACCCCUUCUUCUCCUUCUUCCGUCUCUUCCUCUUCCUCCUCCGUCUCCGCCGCUUCAUCUUCUCCUUCCUCUUCCUCUUCCUCUACUCAAACCCUAAGACCUCUCCUCCCUCGCCCCGCCGCCGCCACCGUCGGAGGAGGAGCCGCCUUUGGUCCGUACGGUAUCCCUUUUAACAACAACAUCUUCCUUAAUGGUGGGACCUCCAUGUUAUGCCCUAGUUAUGGUCUUCUCCCUCACCAACAACAACAAAAUCAAAUGGUGCAAGUGGGACAAUUCCAACAACAGCAGUAUCAGAAUCUUCACCCUGCUAAUAACAAUAAAAUUGGCGACAUCGAGCUAACAGAUGUCCCGGUAGCUAACUCGACCUCGUUCCAUCAUGAGGUGGCCCUAGGGCAGGAACAAGGAGGAAGUGGGUGUAAUAAUAUUAACAAUAAUAAUUCGAUGGAGGAUUUGAACUCUCUGGCUGGUUCAGUAGGUUCGAGUCUAUCUAUAUCUCAUCCACCGCCCGUGGUUGAUCCGGUGUGUUCUAUGGGUCUGGAUCCAGGUUAUAUGGUUGGAGAUGGAUCUUCAACAAUUUGGCCUUUUGGCGGAGAAGACGAAUAUAGUCACUGGGGGAAUAUUUGGGACUUCAUUGAUCCUAUCUUGGGAGAAUUCUAUUGAUUUGUUUUUUCUGUGGUAGAUCAUAUUAGAUACGUUGAGAGCCCCUUAAGGUCGGUCAUGAGAAUUUGGAGAUUCAAUAUUGUUUAUGAGAGGAAUCAAGAAGAUUACAUUCUAUGAGGAGCUUUGCAUGCAAAACUUUGGAGGAUUUUUUUUUUUUACCUAUAGAGGAUAAAUAAGAGGGUAUUUUAUUA